AUGGCCCAGGAGAUUUCAAUCCUCAAGAAGGAAACCAUAAAACCAUCUUCUCCAACUCCUCACAAACUUAAAAGCUUCGAGCUCUGCCUUUUGGAUCAGCUUACUCCUGUAGGAUAUAUGGCCCUCUUGUUCUUUGCUACCCCACCAAUGAGGUUACAACUUACAACAGAGAAAAUAUCUCAGCAGCUAAAGAAAUCACUCUCAGAAGCCUUAACUAGCUUCUACGUACCCACUUGCUGGAAGAAUCAAAGAUAA